AUGGUAUGGUAUGGUGGAAAGUAUUUACAACAAAAUCAUAACCAACUUACAUGGAAACCAAGAAUCACCAUAAUUGAAAACAUAACCACAGCAGUUUUAUGUCUUCAUUAUGAAAAUUCUAUUCAUAGAGAUUUGCAUUCAGGAAAUAUAUUAUAUUCUGAAUAUAGUGGUAAUUGGUAUAUUAGUGAUUUUGGAUUUUGUGGACCUGCUGAUAAACCAUUAGGAAAUAUAUAUAAAAAUCUUCCUUAUAUAGCGCCUGAAGUUAUUAAUGGAAAAGGAUAUACUUUUAAAUCGGAUAUAUAUAGUAUUGGUAUGCUUAUGUGGGAGAUUUCAUCUGGACAACCACCUUUUGCUUCUUAUGUCCAUGAUUAUGAUCUUGUGAUGAAAAUAAUGAAUGGAAUGAGACCACAAAUUGUACAAGGAACUCCAACAGAAAUUAGAAAUUUAAUGGUUAAGUGUUGGGAUGCUGAUCCAUUAAAGAGAUCCAAUAACUAG